CGAUAGACAUGACCGCAGCCGAAAAAUAUCCGGACAAGAGCCAAACGAGCUAAACUUGCCAUGUCCAGCACAGAACCAUGCAUGGACGACAGGAGGUGGACCAGCAAAUUAAGCCACGGCAGCCACCUGCAUGUCCGCCACAGGAUAUUGGACUGGAUAUUUUCCCACCGCCACAGAUCUUCGCUCUCCCAUGCCUCCACUGCACAAUCAUGGCCUCUCCUCCUAGCUCCCCUGGCCAACCCAGUGGAGCGUGCAGUGAGGACGGCAUCCCCGUCGUCGACUUGGCCGUCCUCCUCAACGGCGAAGCCGGGGAACGGUCGCAGGCGAUCCGGCACCUCGGCCGGGCGUGCCAAGACUGGGGCUUCUUCGUGGUGAUCAACCAUGGGGUGCCCGAGGCUCUCCAGAGCGAGAUGAUGGACGCUUGCAAGGAGCUGUUCAGCCUACCGCCGGAGCAGAAGCAGGAGCACAUGGACGUCGGCCUGAUGGACCCCGUCCGCGUCGGUACGGGCUUCACUUCAUCGCCGGAGACCGUACCUUCACUUCAUCGGUUUUAUUGCCGGUGCUCAUGAAUACGAUAAAAGGAGGACGACACGGGUUUGGACGCUGGGCGCCACCGCCGUAGGAUAGGUUUAGGGGCGGGUCUUUUUUUUGUUUCUAAAUGUAGUUAAAUCCGUGAUGUUUGUAUGAAAUCCAUAAUGUUCGUACGAAAUCCGCCCGUGUUUGCAUGAAUUUCAUCCGGUUUAUUGAAAAAUAGUUUGAAAUAUAU